AUGUCGUGGUGUUCAUCAGAAGACGCUCUGAAUAACUCGUCGACGCCUUCGAGUCGUUCCCGUAAAUCAUCAUGGUUAAUAUCGAAAGUCGAUGAGAAUGAAGUGGAUAAAGAAGUGGCAGAAAUGAUGGACGAUUGGAGAAGAAGACGUCAGAAUUCAGAUGGAGGAGAGACAACGACGACGAAUCAGAUGGAAUGUAUUCAGGCGGCAUUGGAUUACUGUAGAUCACAGUUGAAACAAUUAUUGAUUGAUGAGAAUGAGAGUGGAGAGAGUGGAGAGACAGAGAAGAAGAGCAAACCGAUCAACAUAAUCUCCCCGAAUUCUGAAACAGUCGAAGAAGAAGAUCAACUCGGAAAUCUUGUCAACUGUCUGAAUCGACAACAAAAAGCAGUCCGACAACAGAUGUAUUUCGAUAAAAUUGUCCAAUUGGGUCUCGAGAGACAAGCGAUUCAAGAUGAAGCCGGUGGCCCCGCCCACUCGGCCGACGAGUGUCGAGCCGGAGGACAUGAAUUCGUGAUGCAACCGGUCAGAGGUGGACACAAUCCAUGCUGUGAAGUGUGUAUGCACACGAUUUGGAGAUUGGUUCAGUGGUGGAGACGGUGUAGAGUAUGCGGAAUGCGUGCCCAUGACAAAUGCGCGGAAGACGUGAAACGAGUGUGUGCAGGUGUCCUCUCGACCCGAUCGAAAUUCGAAUUGAACAUAAAUUUAUGCGAAGAACGAAGUCUCGCCGAACAAGAAUAUCAAUGUGCCGAAUGCUCCGCCCCCAUCUGUUUCGACGGAACAGCUGAACAAGAAGCACGUCUUUGUGAUUACUCGGGAGAACUAUUCUGUCCGAAUUGUCAUUGGAACGAUACGUGGAGUAUUCCGGCGAGAAUAAUUCACAAUUUGGAUGCGACGCCACGACCGAUUUGUCGAGCUGUGAAGCAAUUGUUGUCGAUUGUCGAUCAUCGACCGUUGAUUGAUAUCAAUGAGUCGACAUUGUCAUUGAUUAAGUUUCAUAAGGAACUCCGACGCGUCAACGAGCUUCGCCGCAACUUUCUCCUCAUGAAGUGCUAUUUCGUCAGUUGCCGCGCCGCACGACGCCUCCGAAUCCUACAGUACCUCCAGACGCACUCGCAUUUCGUUGAUAACCAUGUGAUGUACUCACUGAAAGAGCUUCGAGAACUCUGCGAGGGAACACUUCUUCCAGAACUCGAACAGAUUCAUGCAGUAUUCCGGAAGCAUAUCGAAGAGGAAUGCGAAACGUGCGCUGGAAAUGGGUUCUUCUGCGAACUAUGCGACGAAUCGUGUAUUGUAGAUCAAAAAGAGAAGAUACUGUACCCGUUCACCGAGAAUACACGUUCAUGUGCCACGUGUCUUGCAGUGUACCAUAAGAAAUGUUUCGAGAGGAAAAGUUUGAAUUGUCCGAGAUGUGAACGACGUCGAAAACGAAGUGAACUGCCGAAGACGUUGAGCAGUAGUGAUGAGAAGGAGACGGUGACGGCGAAUUGA